AAGCUCGAUGAUUUGCAUAUUUGCACAGGCACCUAUGGAACUCUAUUUGUCAUUCAGGGUCACAUUAAUGACACCAUUCAAAACACAAUGCACAGUACUGACAAUUCUGAAGACUUCUGGGAGGACAUUUAUGACUCUCCAAUGGCUGAUUUUCUCCAACAAUAUGAACAAUGGGCCUGCACACAGAAUCAAAGU